GUGGCUGAUUUCGGCAUGAGUCGAGCGAUGCAAUGCGGUCGUAGCUAUUACUCCUCGCAGCUUAGUGUCGAGCUCAAAUUACCUGUUGCCUGGUGUGCACCUGAAUGCUUCCCACUGUUAGGCAUCGAUAUGACUGAUGAACCUCCGUCUGCCGUGAUUGCUUCGGAUGCAGGUGAUAGAUCAGGAUGCAACGGAAGCAUACCAACUGAUGAUGAGAACAAUCCUGGCCGUUCACAUAAGACUACUAGAUCGAGGGCGAAUGAGGUUGACAGCAUGACUGAGACUGACAUUACGCAUGGCCUGAACGAGGCAUUUUCAGACGAAGAGGCUGGAUUCACCAGCUGCUCUGAUGUCUGGGCCUAUGGAGUAACACUGUGGGAGUUGUUGACGUAUGGUUUUGUGCCCUAUGCCGGGUUGACUGGUCGUCAAAUCGCCAGAGGGGUAAUCGGCCUUUCAGAAACAACUCCAGGACAGCCAGCUCGCAGUAACUCAGCUCUUCGACUCCACCAGCCUGAUCAAUGUCCAGAUGCUAUUUAUGAUGCGCUGAUGCGCCCCUGCUGGGCGAUUGCACCCCAAGCCAGACCGUCUUUUGCGCAGAUUACAGGUGCUUGA